AUGUCAGGACCGUACGGACAACCUGGUUACAAUCCCCAGUAUCAGAAUCCUUACCCAGCUGGAGGUGGGCCGCCACCCGGUUGGGCUCAAGGGGGACAGCAGCAGGGAUUCAUGCCACCUCCAAUGCCGCAUCCAAAUAUGAUGGGGAUGGGAGGUAACCCCCACUACGCCGAAGGUGGGGAAGCCGACAAGUACAAUCUUCAGUUCAGUGACCGCACUAUUCGUGCAGCAUUCGUACGAAAGGUCUUCUUCCUGGUGGCUAUAAUGCUUGGCGUAGUGGCCCUUAUGACUGCGGUUCCGUUUUUCAAUCACGAUACGAGACUUUUUGUAGCUAGAAAUAUUGGAAUGUAUUGGGCGGCUUAUGGUGUAUUCUUCGCUGUCUAUUUGGCUUUGAUGUGCUGCGAGUCGGUUAGGCGCUCGUUCCCAGCUAACAUCAUCAUGACGGCUAUUUUCGUGAGUCUUUGCAAUUAAAC